UCGCUUUAUAUGGGGGCGGCGCGGCGCGGCGGGGGCGGCGGCGGCGGAGGAGCGGGGCCCUGAACGCGGAGCCGGGGCCAUGGCGGGGCCGGCCUGACCCGACCCGACCCGCUCUCGCCGCCGCGAUGUUACCGAGCCAAGCCGGGGCCGGGAACGGCACCACCGCUGCCGCCGCCGCUGCUGCUGCCGCCGCCGCCGCCGCGCUGGCCCGCGGCUCGGGUUUGGGCCGGUCACCGGUGCCACAGCGCGGGGCGAACGGUGGUGGGGUGGCGGCGGCGGCGGCGGCGGGGCCGCCCGGGGGCCGCCUGGAGCGGGAAGCGUUGUACAGCGGCAGCGAGGGAGACUCGGAGUCGGCCGAGGAGGAGGAGCUGGGCGGCGAGAGGCGCGGCGUUAAGCGUGGCCUGGCCGAAGCGGCGGCGGCGGGGCCCGCGGCGGGAGCGGCGGCGGCGGCCGCUUACAGCGGUGGUGGCGGCGGCGGAGGCGGCGGUGGGGGUGGCGGGGCGGUGAGCGGUGCCAAACCCGGUAAGAAGACGCGGGGCCGGGUGAAGAUCAAGAUGGAGUUCAUCGACAACAAACUGCGGCGUUACACCACCUUUAGCAAGAGGAAAACCGGCAUCAUGAAGAAGGCCUACGAGCUCUCCACGCUGACUGGCACUCAAGUCCUGCUGCUGGUGGCCAGCGAGACGGGCCACGUGUACACGUUUGCCACGCGGAAGCUGCAGCCCAUGAUCACCAGUGAGACGGGGAAGGCGUUGAUCCAGACGUGCCUCAACUCCCCGGACUCGCCGCCGCGCUCGGACCCCACCACUGACCAGCGCAUGAGUGCCACGGGCUUUGAGGAGACAGACCUCACCUACCAGGUGUCCGAGUCGGACAGCAGCGGGGAGACCAAGGACGCACUGAAACCAGCGUUCACUGUCACCAACCUGCCGGGGACAACGUCUACCAUCCAGACAGCCCCCACCACCUCGACCUCCAUGCAGGUCAGCAGUGGCCCGUCAUUCCCCAUCACGAAUUACCUGGCGCCAGUGUCUGCCAGCAUCAGCCCCAAUGCCGUCACCAGUGCCAACGGGACAGUGCUGAAGACUACUGGAGCCAGUGCAGUGACAUCUGGGGGCCUCAUGCCGAUACCCACUGGCUUCACCCUCAUGUCAGGUGCUUCCCUUUCUCCGGGGACCCCUACCAUUCCUCUCGCUCAGUUACAGCCGCACUCCCUGGCUUUUUCCAGCCAGCAGGGCCAGGUGCUCACGGGUACGGCUGGACAGCUGCAGCAGGCACAACAGACAGUCUUCCGCUUCCCUGCCAGAGCUGGAGGGCAGAUUGUGUCGCUGACAGGUGGUACCAUGGCUCAGCAGGUCCCGGUCCAGGCGAUCCAGGUGCACCAGGCACCGCAGCAAACGUCUCCCUCCAGUGACAGCAGCACUGACCUUACCCAGACCUCUUCCAGUGGAACAGGUGGCGUCCCCCAAGUGUUCCUGACAGCCCCAUCAGGCACCGUUCAGAUCCCGGUCUCGGCUGUCCAGCUUCACCAGAUGGCUGUCAUCGGGCAGCAGAGCAGCAGUGGCAGCAGCCUGACGGAGCUGCAGGUGGUCAACUUGGACACCUCGCACAGCGCCAAGAGUGACUGAGAGGCCUCUGCUGCUGGCCUUGCGCUGUCCCCGGCUUGCCACGCCGGUGCCGGGGCUGGCGGCAAUUCCUUCUCGUACAGACUGCACCAGUUAUUUAUUGUUGCCUUUUCACGUUUCCUUCAUCCACACAUGCACACACACACGCACGCACGCACCCACCCACACACACAGGCAUGCGCGUGGGGCUGCAGGACCCACCGGGGUGGAGCGGUGCUGGGGCCGUGCAGGGCUUGGGGGCGUUUGGAUGCUGCGAUAGCUGUGCUUGUCUCACGCCAGCCAAAGAAACUUGUCUCUUUGAGGGGAAGAUUGUUCUGCGCUGUAAAUAAAUACUGCGGGCCAUUCCCAGCGGGAGGCUCUGGCUCCUUCUGGGCGCUCUGAGUCACCUUGCCCAUGAGUUUUUUGCUCUGCGUGGGGCUCAGCUCGGACCCAGAGCCGUCCCGCCGGCGCAGCUCGGAGCGGAGCAGGUCGAGGCUGUGCUGCUUGGCCUCAGCAAUGUGCCUUUGUCGGGGUGACCGAUCCUGGCUGCAGCAACUCACCCUGGGCUCCGGACAGGGGAGAGCCGGCCGGCUUGUACGUGCAUCUCCGGUUGGGUCUGCGCGCCCUUCCCUCUGCGGCACGUCGCCCUGUCCUCCUCGUAUGCACUACAGCGAGCCUUCUGCCCUCAGUGCCAGGAUCUCCAGGAGCACAACGAUGCCCCAGAGAGCUCCUGGUGGUGGUGGUGGUGGUGGUGGUGGUGGGCUCUGUGGCCGCCCCAGCCCCACGCUCUCCUCUCAGCUCUCGCACUGCUUGCGGACUCCGUGCACCCAGGGGAACGUGGCCGGGUCUUUCCCACAUCCCCCUGCAGCUCCGGCCAGCGCUUUGUUUUUUAAAUUUCUGUGUCUGAUGCAAGGUGGAGAAACAACUCAAGUGUCAAAGGGAAGAGCCCACAGGGCGCUGAGCUGCCGGGCAGGUGGCAGGCUCUUUUUCUGAGCGCCAGGGUGACCUGCAGGCCAUCCUGGGCUGUGGAGGAGCCGCUGUGAUGCCUGUGCAAGCUCAGCAAGGCCAGGGGAGAGGGGCUGGAGCGUGCUUGGUCCUGCAUGGGAGUUGCUGUGAAUGGCUCUGCUACCUAGCCCUGUCCCUGGAGGGAGAGUGAGCGAGAGAAGCUGCUGAAUCCUUAGAGGAAGAAGCAGCUACUGUAACUUUUUUUUUUUUUUUUUUUUUUAAUUUUUAAGUUAAAGACAAAAGAAGCCUUGGAGAAAAAAGAAAAAAAAAAAAAAAGAAAAAAAAAAAAGAAAAUGACUUUAUUUUUCUAAGUGUUAAACUCAGUAUUUAUGUAAUUCUUUAAGGAAUAAAAGUUUGGCUCCUGUACAGUUUUCAUGGGGUUUGUACCAGGGGGAUGGGAGAGGGGUGGGUGGGCAUGGAGGCAGGAAAGGGGCCUUGCUUUUGAGUUUGUAUUGUAACCUUGGACAUGUUCCCUCAGCAUUAGCGUUUAAGCUGUGCUCUCCACCCACCAGCAUGUGCCAGGGAUCAAGCUGAACCGAGUGGGAUGCUUGUUUCCCGCUUACCUGUACUGAGGACUCCGUACCCGUCAUUUUGGGCUUAACGGGCAGAAGGCAAGUGAAGCAGUGGCUGGUCUCUAGAAGUGAAAAACCCAUCCCUGAGGAGCAAGGGGCUUGCAGUGUGCCUGGGUGCCAGAGAUGGGCUGGGUUUUCUGAUGCCCGCCCGGUUCGCCUCUGGUCCUGGGACCUGCGGCCGUUCCGUGUCGCUGCUCUUGGUGUGGAGCAGUGCUACCUGUGACUGCCGAAGGGAUACGGCCGUCCCCCACUCCUCCUUGGGUGGCGAGGGGCCAGCGGUGGCUUUAUCCCUGCUCGCUGUACGGGUAGCAUCUCCUGAACUUCUAGCUGAUGAUCUUUGGGCUGUAGUUUCCCCCUCUACAGCCAUUCCUUAGCGCAUGGAUGCGGACAGGUCCCCUCCAAGCCGCCCUGCCCUGUGCAAAGUGCUCCCAGAGCGGCGUUUCAGCCCUCUGCCUGAAGCCUGGGAAGGGCUUGGGGGGGUCUGUCUGGUGAGAGAGAUUACGUGCUGCCUCCCCUUAGCAUCCUUGCUCUAAGAGCGAUGCGUAUCCCGCGGCUCGGAGCGCGUGGGAGUGCUGUGCCGUGCCCCUUUACUAGGUGUACGAAGGCUGCUCGGUGACGCUUCCAAAACGAGGUUGGGUACCUAGGAGUUCAUCCAGGGAGAAGGAUGGGGUUGGGGUUUGCAUUGUCCUUCGCCCCAGCGCGUCACUGUGGCCUGGCUUUGCUCCGCUUUGCUUGUGCUAGCACUGUGGAGCAGAGCGGUUGGGCUGGGAUGGCAGGAAUGCCCCUGCUGCUACGGGGUGUCUGACUGCGUCCCCUCCCUGGCUCCCCAAAGGCAACUGCUGGUUAAACGCUAAUGGUGUAUUUUAUUUAAGUGCAGACUUGUAAGAAGACUUGUGUAUCAGGGAUGAAUUGGCAUUUAUUGUGUGGUGACAUUUUUAGUUCAUUUUACCGGUUUGAGGGUUGUGUGUGUGUGCGUGUGUGUGUGUGCGCGUGUGUACGCAUAAGUGUGUGUGGGAUUUCCCCCCCCCCCCCCCCCCCCUCCAGUUUCCAGGGUUGUGUUUCUGGAAGGAUGUGGAAGUAAUCACAGUACUAUGUACAGAGCUUUCUUUUGUAUUAAAAAAAAUUACUCUUUCAAUAAAUGUUAUCAUUUUGUGCACA